AUGCCUCCUACUGGCCGCAGUCUUCGCAACAUGAUGCGUGGCAGCUCGUCGUCUGAGAGUUCAGGAAUGUCUGACGAGAAUGAAAUUCAGAUGCAAGGCUGGAUGCGAAAGCAGAAAGAGACACUGCGGUCAUGGGCGCGGCGAUACUUUACGCUUAAUGGAAAGGUGCUCACCUAUUUUGAUAGUGAAGACACAAGUCGUGGCGCACGUGGUGUGAUCGAGUUUGUUGACGUGACAGCUCUUACAACCGAAAAGAAUGGACUAUCACUUCAUUUGGUGAAUGGUAAAGAAGUUCGGCUUAUUGCCGACACACACGUGGCUUUUGCAGCCUGGCUUGCUGUACUUUCGGCUGCUGUUAAAAGACCACGUACUAGUCAAAAUCGAACUAGCAAAGAAGGAUGGGCCCAUUGUCUUACUGACGACGAUGUUUGGACACGAUUUUUCGUUGUAAUCAAACAUGAUAGCUUUAGUUGCUACGAAUCCGAAGAUGACGAUGCUGAACUUGCGCUUUCUGGACUCAUUCGCGCUGUUGAUGAGUGGAAUGGCAAACGUUUUGGUGUUGUCUGUUCUCUAAAUCGUGGUCGUACCAUCAAAUUGUGUUUUGACUCUGCUGAAGAGAAAAUGUCAUGGUUUCUUACGCUUGAGCUUUCUGUCUCGUACGGAGCUGCACGAAUGAAGAAAGAAGCGUCAGUUAAGAACAGCAAUAGUGACCAUAACCCUGCACUACGUGCUGAAGCAUCCAAGUCCGACCUUGCCAAUGCUGCUGCAGAUGAUGGCUUAAAGCUACAGUCAAAGAUUGCAUCCCACAGUGACGUUCCACCUCCAGUUUGCAAAGGUCCAAAUCUUACAAAAGUCAUAAGGGAACGACAGGACCUACUUUUCCGAAAGAGUGCAAAUCAAAUCAUCAUAACACAGCCUCUCACUAAAUGGUGUCAGGGCGCGACUGCGGUGGAUUGCUGUGCAAAUCGCACAACAGAAGCUAUGAUUUAA